AUGGUCCGGGCCGUGAAAUGGGUGAAUGAGGUUGUUGAGGCGGCUCCGUAUGUCCCUACCAUCGAAACCCUGGACAAGUACAACUGUGACUUCUGCGUCCACGGCGACGACAUCCCCUUGACACCCGACGGCCACGACGCCUACGCUGAGGUGAAGAACGGCGGACGCUACAAGGAGUGCAAGCGGACGGCCGGGGUGUCUACUACCGACCUGGUCGGACGGAUGCUGCUGCUUACGAAGACACAUCAUGACCGCAAGAACGAGGCUCAGCUUCCACGAGAUAAGGUUGAGGAGCUUCGGGAGAACCCGCAGGCUCGAAGCCCGUGGACGAGCGUGUCCCAGUUCCUCCCGACGACGCAGAAGAUUGCGCAGUUUGCGGAGGGAGGGAGCGGCCCGGAGCCGGGCGACCGGAUUGUGUACGUGUCGGGGGCAUUCGACCUCUUCCACGUGGGCCAUCUCGACUUCCUGCAGCGGGCGCGCCAGGAGGGGGACUACCUCAUCGUGGGUCUCCACACGGACCCCGUGGUGAACGGCUACAAGGGGUCCAACCACCCCAUCAUGAACAUCCACGAGCGCACGCUGUGCGUGCUCGCCUGCAGGCACGUCUCCGAGGUGGUGAUCGGCGCCCCCUACACCGUCUCAGAGGAACUGAUGGAGCACUUCAACAUCGACCUCGUUGUCCACGGCCGCACCAACGUCAUCCCCGACACCGAGGGGCACGACCCAUACAAGGUGCCGAAGGGCCUGGGCAAGUACAAGCAGAUCGACAGCGGCAACGACAUGACCACGACCAAGAUCAUCGAGCGGAUUAUCCGCAACAGGCUCCACUUUGAGGCGCGCAACAAGGCCAAGGAGGAGAAGGAGAUGCGUGCAUUCGAAGCGCUGCAGAAACAAGUCAAGUCGGGCCAGAAGAUGAUCGAAGAAUCAUCCUAAACAAUUAUAUUCUCU